AACUCCACUCCAUUAUGCUGCUGCCAAUUGUAAUUAUCAGUGCCUGUUUGCCCUUGUGGGAUCUGGAGCUAGUGUGAAUGACCUUGAUGAGAGGGGUUGUACACCUCUGCACUAUGCAGCUGCAUCAGACACAGAUGGGAAGUGCCUGGAAUACUUGCUAAGAAACGAUGCCAACCCUGGGAUCCGAGACAAACAAGGAUACAAUGCAGUUCAUUAUUCAGCUGCUUACGGUCAUCGCUUAUGCCUUGAAUUGAUUGCAAGCGAAACGCCUCUAGAUGUUCUGAUGGAAACAUCAGGUACUGACAUGCUGAAUGACUCGGACAACAGAGCGCCUAUAAGCCCACUGCAUUUAGCUGCCUAUCAUGGCCAUCAUCAAGCUCUGGAAGUGCUGGUACAGUCACUGCUGGACCUUGAUGUGAGGAAUAACAAUGGAAGGACACCACUGGAUCUUGCUGCCUUUAAGGGACACGUGGAAUGUGUAGAUGUGCUCAUUAAUCAGGGAGCAUCAAUCUUGGUGAAAGAUUAUGUUGUAAAGAGGACCCCAAUUCAUGCUGCAGCUACAAAUGGUCAUUCAGAAUGUUUGCGGCUGUUGAUAGGAAAUGCAGAACCACAGAAUGCGGUGGACAUUCAAGACGGAAAUGGACAGACUCCUCUGAUGUUGUCAGUUCUCAAUGGGCACACUGACUGCGUUUAUUCACUCCUUAACAAAGGAGCAAAUGUAGAUGCCAAAGAUAAGUGGGGAAGGACAGCAUUACACAGAGGGGCAGUUACUGGGCAUGAGGAAUGUGUGGAAGCUUUGCUUCAACAUGGUGCUAAGUCCUUACUACGAGACUGUAGGGGACGGACCCCUAUCCACUUGUCAGCUGCGUGUGGCCAUAUAGGUGUUCUGGGAGCUCUCCUGCAGUCAGCUAGCUCUGUGGAUGCAGCACCUGCAAUGGCAGACAAUCACGGCUAUACAUCACUGCACUGGGCCUGCUAUAAUGGUCACGACAGUUGUGUAGAGCUGCUCCUGGAACAGGAAGUUUUUCAGAAAAUGGGAGGAAAUUCUUUCAGUCCCUUGCAUUGUGCUGUGAUAAAUGACAAUGAAGGUGCUGCAGAAAUGUUAAUUGAUACGCUAGGUGCUGGCAUUGUAAAUUCAAUGGACUCAAAAGGAAGAACUCCUCUGCAUGCAGCAGCUUUUACAGAUCACGUUGAGUGUCUACAGCUUCUGCUUGGUCACAGUGCUCAAGUAAAUGCUGUAGAUUCUUCUGGGAAAACACCUUUAAUGAUGGCUGCAGAAAAUGGACAGACGAAUACAGUUGAGGUGCUGGUUAGCAGUGCUAAGGCUGAUCUGACUUUGCAAGACAGUUCUAAGAACACAGCACUCCAUUUGGCUUGCAGCAAGGGUCAUGAAACUAGUGCCUUGUUAAUACUGGAGAAGAUUACGGAUAGAAACCUCAUCAAYGCCACCAAUGCAGCCUUGCAAACACCUCUGCAUGUUGCUGCUCGAAAUGGACUAACGGUUGUAGUUCAAGAGCUUUUAGGGAAGGGAGCAAGUGUACUUGCUGUAGAUGAAAAUGGUUACACGCCAGCUUUGGCCUGCGCACCCAACAAGGAUGUGGCCGAUUGCCUGGCUCUCAUCCUGGCCACCAUGAUGCCUGUUUCAUCGAGCAGCACAUUGCCCUCGCUCACCUUCAAUGCCAUUAAUCAUUACACCAACACCUCAAAAACUGUCACCUUCGAUUCCUUGCCAAUCAUGAGGAGUGACCACAGCUCCUACUGUACUUUCAACAACAUUGGCAGGGAAGGUGGCUACCCCUACACAGAAGAAGAUGAGCUCAAUGACUCAGAUUCCGAGACCUAUUAGAAGACACUUUUUGUAGGUCUGAGUGAACCCUCACGCUGGAAGGUCAAACUUGUGCUAUCAGAAAGCUGUUUAAUACAGGAAGAGGACACACCUUUGAGAAGAUGUUUUUUUAUUGUGGUUGCAUAUAAAAAAAAAAUCUGUGAGACUCUAGGAAGAUUUUUAAGAGCAUAUUUUGCAGAAGAAGCAUAAAUUCUUGAAUAAGUACUUGGAAUCCGUGGCAAAAAAAAAAAAAUAAAGAAUGUCAAAACUGUUUUAUUUAACUGUAUUCUACCAUUCUGUUUCUGGUGCCGGGAAUAAUUCCUGCAGACUGGGCACCAACUUGGUGUAAAUGAACAACACUAUUGUACAACACAAAGGAUGCUAGAUUCAAAUACUCUCAAUAAACCUAAAACCAUUUUGAAGGCAAUAAAUGAGUUUGGUACAGUAGGCAUUGUUUGUGCUGCAAAUUGCCAAAGGACCAAAUAACUUAAAGAUUUUUUUAAUUAAAUACGUUUUUGUGAAAACUGGAAUAGGUUAUUUGAGAAGUUACUUCAACCAAACCUUAAUUACUUCUGGAAAAGAAGCUUAGAUUUGGGUUUAAAUGUUUAAUUUUAUUUUUUUUAAUCAUCUGAAAGCCUUCCGACACUAUUAAAUGUACCAUGAAAGAAAGCAGAUGUACUUUUAAGUUUUAUUUUCUUUUUCUUUUAGGUGAAAUGAAAAUGAUCUGUCAUACUUUUAUAAUACUAAAAUUAAACCAGCUAACAAGGUGAAGUCAGGGUGAAAAAUGUACAGUGUAAUAAACAAGGGAAGGAAGGGGUGGGAGAUGUGGGAGGGAACAGGUAAUUGUUGCACAGUUACAGAUUUUUUUUUUAACUUUGGGUUCUGGAUUGAAUUUUUCUUAAUUUAAAAAUACACGAGUAACUUGGAAACUAUGAAACUGCAUAAAAAAAAUGGAAUUGAAAUGUCUUGAUAACCCUGUUGUGACUGAGAGUUCUUUUCAGUAAUUUAUCUACUUCCUUACAUCAUAAAUUUGUAUGUAAGACUAAAGUUGUAUAUCCCUGUCACCUUUUUUUUUUAAACCCCAGAUUUACAGAGGGGGGAGGGAGGAUGGGAGUGAAUUUAAAAGUAUAUUUCCCUAUUAGAGAAAAAAGUACAGUGUCUGGUCCGUGGGAAGAGCUGUGUAUCUUUGUUGUGCUCCAUUUAGAAAAUAAACAGCAGAAACUGGUCCCUGUAAUGUAGUUCAGACUUGCCCAAAUAUUUUUUUUAAUUUAUAACAGACUACUAUGGUUUUUUUAAUUGCCUGAAGAAUGAAAAACUGACAUACAUAAGUAAGCUGAAGUUUUGUCUGUUAAAUAUAAAUUUACUUUAUUUGGCUCUGCUUUAACAAUAACUGUUACUUUUCAAGUGAACUUGUUUAUGUACAUGCAAGGAAUUCCUUGCGUGUCCUCGCAAAGUACAAAUAAAUUACUACAAACUGAUUCCAAUUUCAUUUUUAUCCUUUUUUUGUAUUGUGAAACUGGAAAUCUUUGAUAUUGUAAAUUAACAGCUGCUUUUCUGAACAUAGUGUGGAAACAUGGGACAAUAUUUUGAUCUAUUUGAUAAUUUUGUGGGGUUUUUGAAGAAUUAAUAAGCAUGUACAUAGAAAUAGUGACUGCUUGAAUACUGUAUUUACCUGCACUCUUUCAGUACUUCAAGAUUCCUGUAUAUUUUACAGAGUAUAAUAAAACCCAAAUGUGAGUUCUACUAAUGAAUAUUUUAUUUGUAUGUACUAAGAAUUAAUGACAAAGUUUCUUGUCRAACUGUUGGAAUUUAUAAAAUCUUCACAAAGGCUUUGCCAGCAUUUUAAUUCUAAAAUUAAGGUGAGGUACUUAAAGUAAUUUUAAAUGUUACAUUACUUCAUUA